AUGGACAAGUAUUUACGAAGUUACGUAGUUAAAGCGGACAGGUCGGCUGGAGCUGAUAGCUGGUGUAAGUGGCGCAAGGAUGAGGCAGCAGGUUGUGCAGCGUCAUUUAAACAUCCCCCUCCUCUUCACCCAAAUGUUGAGAAACAUUUGCAACCGAUCUUCGACGAUCUUUCCAAUGACAGUCUUUUGGAAAGGUAUUUAGGUGGUUACACUCAGAAUGCGAAUGAAAGUUUCAAUUCUACCGUUUGGCGUUUAUCGCCUAAACACAUUCACAGUGGAGCAAAAAUCGUCUGCAUUGCUGCGUAUAUUGCUGCAUCGAUAUUUAACGAAGGCUACAAUGCAGUGUUAAUGAUGAUGAACAAAUUGGGUAUCGAAAUUUGGAUCCAGGCACACAAUUUUUACGUAACGAAGGACGAGAAGCGAAUCAACAGACAGAACCGCCGAAGCUAUAGCAGCUCAAAAGAGGCAAGAACGGCUCGUAGGAUGGAGAUGAUGGCUCAAAACGAGUUCUACGAGGAAGCGGAGGGGCUACUUUAUGCAGCUGGAAUCGCUGAUUAG